AUGCCCAACAGGAAAACGAAGGAGGAGACCAGGCCCCUGUGCAAAAUGAGGAGAAAUCACGCCAUUUGGGAGGAGGCGAAGCCCAGAAGCCUGGAGGAAAUGUCAGGCUGGGGUGGGUUAAGCGACUUGUCCCUAAUUUUCGUUGGGCCAUAUCUAAUGAGCAUGUCGACCACAAAUGAAGUGAGAGAUAAUAGAGAAAAGAUGGCAGUGCAGCGGAUGGAAAUCAGGAGAAAGAAUAGGGAGCAGCAAAUGAGACAUGUUACACGCUUCCAAAUUCCUGAACCUGAUCAUCAUUAUGACUUUUGCCUUAUACCUUAA